AUGAUGUACGAUGAUGACAAGGCGAAGACCUCUUUCAUCAUCGAAAGAGGGAUCUACUGCUACAAGGUCAUGCCCUUUGGGCUGAAGAACGCCGGAGCAACCUACCAAAGGCUCGUGAAUAAAAUUUUCAAGGAGCAGAUCGGCAGAAUCAUGGAGGUGUACGUGGACGAUAUGCUGGUUAAAGCCCCCAAGCGGGCAGACCACCUCAAAAACCUCACCGAGGCGUUCAGCCUACUCCGCCAAUAUCGCAUGAAGCUGAAUCCAAGUAAAUGCACGUUCGGUGUAUCGUCUGGCCGGUUCCUAGGGUACUUAGUGACGCAACGAGGUAUCGAGGCAUACCCGCGCCAAAUCAAAGCCAUUCUUGAGAUGAAGUCGACUUCCAUAUCUACCGACAAGUGCAGACCAUUCUUCAAAGCAUUGAAGAAAGGACAAAAAGACAAAUGGGACGAAGAGUGUGAAGUAGCUUUCCAGAAUCUAAAGACCUACCUUACUUCACCUCCCCUGGUCUCAAAGCCAGUUCCUGGUGAAGACUUGUUCGUGUACCUGGCAGUGUCCAACUCGGCCGUCAGCUCAGCUCUCAUCCGAGAAGAACUUGGGGCUGAACAUCCGAUAUUCUACACGUCAAAAGCUCUCCUCGAUGCAGAGACUCGCUACCCGAAAUUGGAGAAGCUCAUUUUUUCCCUUGUGGUUUCUGCGAGAAAGCUGUGA